AUGUGGUUUAGUAAAACAGUAGAGCUAUCGAUCGAAAUUGGAAUAGGGGUAAUUGAAAUAAUCCUGCUAAUGUGUCUCAUCUAUUAUGUAAGGAAAAUUCAUAAGAAGAAAAAUUAUUACCCUAUCUACUAAUUGUCUCCUAUUACAACAAUUUUAUAAGGAAUAUCAUUUUAUAUUUUCUAACUAACGAUAGUACUCAACUUUUACUACAUUAAAACUUAUGAUGAAAUUACCUGGGACAUUUGCUUAGAUCAAAAUGAAAAUGAGAAUGCUAAUGUUGAAAUUAAUACAAUCUACAAGAAAGCCCCUUAUUAUAGGCUGUUGCUUCACAUUCACACUUAUGAAGUCAUUAAGAAUUUUGAUUGCAUUCUCAAAAUAAAGGUUAUAAAGAAAUAAUGUAAUAGUAAAAAUCUAUAUGGGGGAAGCUCAGAUAAUACUAAUUGCAUUAUUCUAUGGGAUGAUGUUUCCCGCAUUAACCAUUAUUACAAACUUAUACUUUUAUAAUUUUGA